UUUUUUUACACCGUGGGCAGCAAGAAAAACCCCCAUUCCGGCUUCACUAUUAAACCCUGUGACGACUGCGUUUUCACUCACUUUCUUCUUCAUCCGUCGGCUAAGGUUGACCUUCCUCUCCGUUCAAACCUAUCAUAGAUCGGCCUUCUUCGUUUUGCAGACUCUUGGGGAUCAACUGGUUGCAGUAACAAUGGUGGUUAAAGACGAGAACAGUGAGAGAUCACUGGAGUUGUUUCUGAAAAUCGGAUUGGAUGAGAGGACUGCUAAGAACACCAUUGCGAAUAACAAGGUUACCGCUAACUUAAACGCCGUCAUCCAGGAGGCAGCUGUGACUGAUGGAUGCAGUAAAGUGGUUGGGAAUCUACUCUAUACGGUUGCUACGAAAUUCCCUGCGAAUGCACUUAAACACCGGGCGACGUUACUGGAAUCUGUUGUUUCAUCGAAGAUUAAAACACCUGCUCAGUUAGAAGCAGCUUUUUCAUAUCUUGGGAAUGUUGGGCCAGAUGAAUUUCCAGUUAAUGAGUUUGAAGAAGCUUGUGGUGUAGGAGUAGAGGUUUCUGCAGCAGAAAUUGAAUCCACUGUUACUGAGGUUUUUGAAGAGAACAAGCAUGCCAUCUUGGAGCAGCGUUAUCGAACAAAUGUUGGUGAUCUACUUGCACAAGUACGAAAGAGGCAUCCAUGGGCUGAUCCUAAAACUGUGAAGCAAGUAAUAGAUGCAAAAUUAUAUGGAUUACUUGGUGAGAGGACUGCAGCAGAUGAUGAAAAACCUUCAAGAAAGAAGAAAGAUAAGCCUGCCAAAGUAGAGGAUCAAGUCCGUGUUGUGGAUACUCCUUCAGUGCCAUCCCCUGAAGAGGAAAUUAACCCUUAUUCAAUAUUUCCUCCACCCGAGGAAAAUUUUAAGGUUCAUACUGAAAUAUUCUUUAGUGAUCGCCCUGUAUUGAGGGCAUGCAACACAAAGGAAUUGCUUGAGAGGCAUUUGAAAGCAACCGGGGGUAAAGUCUUAACUCGCUUCCCACCAGAACCAAAUGGCUAUCUACAUAUUGGUCACGCCAAGGCAAUGUUUGUUGACUUCGGGCUGGCAAAAGAGAGAGAUGGAUGUUGUUACCUGAGGUAUGAUGAUACAAACCCUGAAGCUGAAAAGAAGGAGUAUAUUGAUCAUAUUGAAGAAAUUGUUCAAUGGAUGGGUUGGAAACCCUUCAAGAUUACUUAUACUAGCGAUUAUUUCCAAGAUUUGUAUGACCUUGCUGUGGAGCUGAUACGUAGAGGUCAUGCUUAUGUUGACCACCAGACUCCUGAUGAAAUAAAAGAGUAUCGGGAGAAAAAGAUGAACAGUCCUUGGAGGGACAGGCCAAUCGCUGAGUCAUUGAAACUGUUUAAUGAGAUGAAACUUGGCAUGAUUGAUGAAGGGAAGGCAACCCUUAGGAUGAAACAAGACAUGCAGAGUGAUAACUUUAACAUGUAUGACCUGAUUGCUUACCGUAUAAAGUUUACUCGUCACCCACAUGCGGGAGACAAAUGGUGUGUUUAUCCAAGCUAUGAUUAUGCUCAUUGCAUUGUGGAUUCCCUUGAAAAUAUCACACACUCGGUAUGUUUUGUUGUUUUAGUUUUGAUAGAUAUGUUUUCCUUGAUAUAUUAAUCUUUUGGAUCCAUG